AUGAAGCCUCAAGCUCUUUUGGCAUGCGGGACAGUGGCUCUUGCCCAGCAAGUCUACAUACCGGCUGAAGGACCCGCCUCACGACCACAAUGCUCAGCGAAUGGUUCAUAUGCGACUGCGUUGCCUUCACCCCAGUACACGUUCAGCGAAUUCAGCUUCACACAGACUGAGACAGUUCGUACAGCAAAGUCUGCCCCAGCGCCUACCACUACGACUACCUACGCACCCCCAUAUGCGUCACUCAGCAGCUUCGUGCCGAAUCUGACGACAACGCAAUGGGGAAAUUGGGACGCAAAAGUCACCCCGUCAGCGACUGACUUGGGAAGUCCGUACGGCAAUGCGUCAUGGACAGCUCUCUGGACAACCGUACCUUGGCCGUCCAAUUUCACUAGCUAUACCGACAACGCCAUUUAUUCUUCAACUGUCGAGCCAACUCCAGUACCAUCCAGCGAGCUCAUCCUGCCACCACCCGAGCCAUUGGUGCCUCAGCAAUGCUACACUUUCCCAAAAGACUUCAUGCUUGGUGUGGCGGCAUCAGCAGUCCAGAUUGAGGGAGCUAUCGCCGAGGAAGGACGAACGCCUGUUCACAACGAUGUUGCAAGCUUGAGCACUCCAGGUCGAUCGCCAAACUGGAUCGCCAAUGAACACUACUACUUGUACAAGCAAGAUAUUGAGCGCAUCGCUGCUAUGGGAGUCAAGUACUACAGAUUCUCCAUCCCCUGGACGCGUAUCCUUCCGUUCGUUCUGCCGGGUACCCCAGUCAAUAAGCAAGGUCUUUCACACUACGACGACCUCAUCAACUUCGUUCUGGAGAAAGGAAUGCUUCCGGCUAUCGUUCUCUACCACAAUGACUCACCCCUCCAGUUUUACUCAAACAUCAGCAAUAUCUUCAUCACGCCCGGGACAGGGGGUAUCGGUUACUUGGACUCUUGCUUCCAGUGCAGCUACAAGAAUGUUUCAUUUGAAGACGCUUUUGUCAACUACGGAAAGAUUGUCAUGACGCACUUUGCGGACCGCGUGCCUGUCUGGUGGUCGUUCAACGAGCCGCUGCUAGGCGCAAGGAAUGGCAAGUCCAUCGAUGCUGUUAUCAAGUCUCACGCGAGGCUUUACCACUUCUACCACGAUGACAUUGGUGGCACGGGAAAGAUGUCACUCACAUUCAACGACAACUUUGGCGUCCCGCGUGAUCCAGAAGACCCUGCAGAUGUCGAUGCAGCCAACCACUUCAACUCCUUCCAGUUAGCCACAUUUGCAAACCCCAUCUUCCUCGGCACUGAUUACCCAGAAUCAUUCACAAGCAGUAUCGCUGACUACGUGCCCUUGAGUGAUGAGGAUCUGGCAUACAUCAAUGGGACAGCCGACUUCUUUUCCAUCCAACCCUACACCGCAACCGUGGUCAGCCCACCACCCAACGACACCAUCGCCGACUGCGCCGCUAACAUCACUCACCCCCUCCGUCCUUACUGUGUCACCCAAAGCACUCUUACAACCACUGGCUGGAACAUUGGAUAUCGCAGCCAAUCCUACGUCUACCUUACCCCGAGCUACUUGCGCACCUAUCUCAACUACCUCUGGAACACCUGGCGCACUCCCGUCGCCAUCACAGAAUUCGGCUUCCCCGUCUUCGCCGAGGCACAGAAAGAACAGGUAGACCAAGAGUUCGACAGCCCGCGCAGUUGGUACUACCAGACCUAUCUAAACGAGGGCUUGAAGGCGAUUUGGGAAGAUGGCGUCAACUUUAUUGGCGCGUUCGCAUGGAGCUGGGCGGAUAACUGGGAGUUUGGUGAUUAUGAUCAGCAGUUUGGAAUUCAGACGGUCAACCGGACGACGCAGGUUAGGAGGUAUAAGAAGAGUUUCUUCGACUUUGUGGAUUUCAUCGAGAGCAGGCGACAACAUGCGUAG